CCCUUUUUUCCCACCCCUUCCACAAGCAAGGCAACAAGAGCCUCCUCUCUGCCCUGAUUGAAGCUGCUGCUGUUGCUUGGGCAUCUGGCAGCAUCUUUUGCCCACCUCUCAGAGAGAGGGGGGGUUCCCUUCUCUUUCUCCUCCUGCCAAACUUGGGGGGCUAUCCCCAGCCUUCUAGGAGGAGUCUGGCGAGGCGGAGGCGAGGCUGGGCCCCAUGAUCCUGGUCCCUGGCCCUCCCUCCGGAGCCAGAGAGGCAGCCAAAACCCAGGAGAUGCACUAGGAUGGAGGCAAACUUUGCAGCCUCUGAAGGAUCGCAGCUGCUUUGCCUUUCCAAGCCAAAGAGGAGAUGAUCGGAGGCUGGGCUUGCCUUUCUUGGGUUGCAAAGAUGCCAAGAAGAGGGGGCUUUGGGAUGUAGCUCUGCCUCCUCCUUCCAGAGCAUCCUUUUUGGCCAAGUGGAGACCAAAGCUUUGCAAAGAGUGGCCCCUUGGCUCCUGCCUCCUCUUUGCCAAAGCAUCUCCAGGAAGGGGGGGAAAGAAACUGGGGGCUUUUUAUUUUAUUGUAUUUUAUUUAUGUUGUUGCUGGUCUUUGUUGUUUUCCCGCAAGAGUCGGCAUCGUGGUUGUUGUUUUUUGCAAGAGUUUUCUUGUUGGAUUGCGGAGGCUGUUUGCAAGAGUUGGCUGAAGGCGCUGCGAUCAGGUACUCGCUUCGGAUGGAGGAGGACAAGGCUGAUAACUGAAAGAAACAGAAGAGAAAGAAGUCCUUGCUUGGUUUUUCUUUUUACUUUUUUCCCUUCCUAUUUUAAAAGCUGUGAGCUGUGGGGGAGAAGAUGGACAUCUUGCCAAGGGGAAUCAGGAAAGGAAGAUGGAGGUGUUAGCUGCUCCACAGCAUCCCAGGUGGGUUGGGAUUUGCAAGGGUCUGAGGCUGGCAAAAGCACCUCCUCACCUGGGUUUGGAUUUGCAAGGCUUUGAGUUAGGCAAAGCACCUCAGCGGCAUCCCUAGUGGGUUUAGAUCUGCAAGAAUUUGAGUCUGGCAAAAGCACCUCAACAACAUCCCUGGUGGGUUUAGUUUUGCAAGCGUUUGGGUCUGGCAAAACAACUUCAGCAGCAUCCCUGGUGGGUUGAGGUUUGCAGGGGGUCUGAGUCUGGCAAAACCACCUCAACACCAUCUCUGGUGGGUUGAGACCUGAAAGGGUUUGAGUCAGGCAAAACCACCUCAGCAGCAUCCCUAGUGAGUUUAGAUUUGCAAGAGUUUGAGUCUGGCAAAACAACCUCAACAACACCAUCCCUGGUGGGUUUAGAUCUGCAAGGGUCUCAGGGUCUAAGUCUGGCAAAACCACCUCAACAGCAUCCCUGGUGGGCUUUAAGUAUUCCUUGCCUUAGCUAUUCCUUGCUUAAGAAAACCCUCAAAUUCAUGGGGCCCCCAUAAGUCUACAGAUGACUUGAAGACACACACACACAUAUAUAUGUAGGGGCUGGUGAUUGAAACCAGAGUGCUGAGGAAGGGAGAAAAGCACACAAGUUAGGAAGAGAUUUUCCUUUGAAGAUCAUGGACCUCAGAGGAGGGAAAUGGUUAAAUUCCUGAUUGGGGGUCAGGAGUUUCAGGGGCCUCAGAGUCAGGGGAGUAGAAACAUGUCUGUGCCACCCUUCUCCUCUGCACCCCUGCCACACUGAGCCCAUCCCGCCCCAUGGAGACCGGACCUUUUUGAAAAAAGAAUGACUUUCUCUGACCGGAUUAAUGCCAGCUUGAAUGGGAACCACACGGGAGAGUCUGGGGGUGUGAAUGGGACCUUGCCUGGAGGAGGAGGAGGAGGAGAAGAAGGAGAUGUCCAUGCCAACAGCAGCACCUCUUUGGCUUUGAAGUUGACCCUGCAGUCGGUGGGUGUGGGGAUCUUCCUCGCCGUCUUCAUCCUCUCGGCCAUUGUGGGCAACAUAUUGGUCAUCCUCUCGGUGGCCUGCAACCGUCACUUGCAGACGGUGACCAAUUACUUCAUCAUUAACUUGGCCAUUGCUGACUUGCUCCUCAGCACCACUGUUCUGCCUUUCUCAGCCACCUUGGAAGUCCUGGAGGACCUCUGGGUCUUUGGCCGCAUCUUCUGUGACAUCUGGGCAGCAGUGGAUGUCUUGUGUUGCACUGCCUCCAUCAUGAGCCUGUGUAUCAUCUCUGUGGAUCGGUAUAUUGGGGUCAAAUACUCUCUCAAAUACCCCACUAUCAUGACUGAGAGGAAGGCGGUGAUCAUCAUGGUGGCAGUCUGGAUCUCCUCCAUGGUCAUCUCCAUUGGCCCACUCCUGGGAUGGAAGGAGGCACCUCCUGAGAAUGACCAACAUUGUAACAUCACUGAGGAACCAGGUUACGCCAUCUUCUCCUCCCUCUUCUCCUUCUAUUUGCCCCUGGCCGUCAUUCUGGUGAUGUACUUCAACAUCUAUGUGGUGGCAAGGAGGACCACCAAGAGCCUAGAGGCCGGGGUCAAGAAAGAGAGGAGCAAAUCCAUGGAGGUUGUGCUCCGGAUCCACUGUCGCAGUGUCCUGGAGGACUCCCUGGCCAGCGCCAAGAACAAAGGACACACCUUCAGGAGCUCCCUCUCCGUACGCCUCUUGAAGUUUUCUCGAGAGAAGAAGGCCGCCAAAACCCUCGCAAUCGUGGUUGGGGUCUUCAUUCUCUGCUGGCUGCCUUUCUUUUUCGUACUGUCUUUUGGUUCCUUUUUUCCUUCUGUGAAGCCCGAGGGAAUGGCUUUCAAGAUCAUCUUCUGGCUGGGAUACUUCAACAGCUGCGUGAACCCUAUCAUCUACCCUUGUUCGAGCAAAGAGUUCAAAAGAGCUUUCAUUCGGCUUCUGAAAUGCCAGUGUCGCCGGAGGAGAAGGCCCAUCUGGAGGGUGUAUGACAACCACUGGCGCGGAGCCUCCGUCAACGGCUCUGGCCAAGGUUCGGAGCGGGAAUCACGGUCGAGGGUUUCGACCAUCAACGGGUCAUUCAUAUUAAACACUGGCACCUUGGAAAGCUCGAGCAAGGGGAGAACUCUGAACUUCAAGCGGUGGAGAAUGUUCUCCCCUUUCCAAAAGCCAACCACACAGUUGAAAGAAAAAAUGAACAGCCUCUCCAACAAGAUCCGAGGAGGAUCUGCCAAAGGCGGCAUGGCCGCCUCCUACAAAACGGAGGUGGAAUCGGUCUCCAUAGGGAUCCCCAACGAGUUCAUGGAAUGUAUUGACUAUCAAGUCUAUGACGAUUUAACAGACUCCGAGUCCUGUGGGCUUAAAGAAACAGAUAUUUAAAACCAGCAGGGAUAAACGUUCGAACCCCUUUGGGGUUCCAUUUUAUUGUGUCUGUGUCUUAACAUGCGGGUCAGCUGUCAGGUGGAUGUGGUCCAUACCUGAAACAGGUAGACUGAAGGAGGUCAAAGCUCAGUUGACAUUGCUCAGGCUUGGCCUACAGAAAGCCAAAGGUCUCAUGCCCAAUCACCAACAUCUCCAGUCAAGGAAGGGGCUCUACCCAGCGAGGCUGAGUAGAAAAAUUCUCUUUGCCCAAGAUCUCAGAAAACCACUUGAAAUCAGUGUAGAUAACACUGAGCUAGAAAGACCCAUGGUCUGACUCAGUAUGAAGCAUCUGCCUCUGUGUUUUUUGGGGGGUUGUAUGAUGAUAGCACCUUGUACAUGGGCAGGUACCUCAUGAAGAAAAAUAAUGCUAAUGGCCAUGAAAUGGCAAAAGAGCUCUAUGGAUUCUGGGGAUGGUCAAUUAAUACAUAGAAGAGGUGGGCCAGCAUAUACUAUGAAGCAAGGAGAAAGGCCUAUUUCUCUGAAUGGCAGGGGUGGUGGUAUCCAUGGCAAAGGUUCCCCAUUUUAUCUGGGACAGAAAGGUCUGGCCCCUUGAAAAAUGCCAGUGAUCUGCCAAGAGGUUCAGAAAUAAAUUAUGCAAAAAAAUCAUCAGUGAGGGUUUGCUUAAAGUCACCCAGCAAUGAUGCUUUAUUCUGAUCUCACUUCUUUGCAAAAAUCGGGAUUUGGAGCCAUGGGAAAGUAAGAAGACAAUGAUGGGCCUUCAGGUAGAGAUAUAGGUAACCUAUCAACACACAAGAGCUCCAUGUCCUUGAUCAAGAUGCUAGAUUUCAAGGGUGAGGGAAAUAAGAGUUUGACAAUUGACACAACACCCCCCCCCCCC